AUGCAUAUGGGCGAAGGAGAACUAAUUAACUUGUGCCGCACUCAGCAGAUGCUGGUGCAGCAUGCAUGUCACUAUCGACGGAAGACUCAAUUACGAUCGAGAACCUGGACCCGUCGGCCUCUGGCCUCUACUGGUGCGAGGUGUCCCUCGAGACGCCUAUCUUCACGGCUGCCUCCCCGCCCUCACGAGCUGACUGUUGUCUAUGCGCAGAAGCACCCGCCGAUCAUAACGUUCGGGAAGCCGGACGCGGUUGUGGGAGGGCUGCUGCGGGCAAACUGCACCAGCGCGCCGGCGGCGCCUGCGCCGCGGCUGACCUGGUACAUUGACAAUGAGAAGGUGGACGAAGAAUCGGUGCGAUACUUCUCUUACCGGGUAUCCAGCUCUACCCGUACGAAAGGAGGAGGGGGCUACCGGCACAGAAAGCACCAACACCGCUACAUAGCGCCAGAGUUCAACUAUACGGCUAAAUACUGGGCGCUCGUGAGUGAGACUACGGCUGCGCCCGUGCUCAACCACACCAAGCAUACGAAAUGCACGCUCAACGAACACAGCGAGGAAGCUGCCAAGAUCCGCGAGCGUCCUCGCGUGCAUCCAGCGACGCCGAUCUCCUGUGGGUGUCGGUAGCGGAGCUGCGUGCGCCGGCGCACGGCCGGCUGCAGCUCACCUGUACGGCCACUAUCCCGGACAAGAUCGGCCCGGACGAGCGCUACGCUGACAUUAAGAAACAAACCG